AUGUCUCGGUUCCUGGACCUGGCGGAGUUUGGAGAAGCUGCUCGCUUCCUUCGUCUCUCCAACCUGGAGCAGCUGGCUGCUAUAGCCCAGGCUUAUGAUGGCACCAAGCGCGUCUGGAUGCCUGAUGAUGUUGAAGCGUACAUCGAAGUGGAGGUCAAAGAGCUGAACGGAGACAAGACCACGGUGGAGACCAAAGACGGACGGUUCCUGGUGGUUAAAGAAAACGACCUGCAGCCAUCGAACCCUUCAAAGUUCGACAUGAUUGAGGACAUCGCCAUGCUGACACAGCUGAACGAGGCCUCUGUGCUCUUCAACCUGAGGAGGAGAUACAGCAUGUGGAUGGCCUACACGUACUCCGGUCUGUUCUGUGUGGCGGUCAACCCGUACAAAUGGCUUCCAAUCUACUCCACUCCGGUGGUCGCCGCGUAUAAAGGGAGGCGUCGUCUGGAAACUCCGCCUCACAUCUACGCCAUCGCUGACAACGCCUACACCGACCUGCUGAAGAAUCGGGAGAACCAGUCCAUGUUGAUCACCGGUGAGUCGGGCGCAGGGAAAACGGUCAACACCAAGAGGGUGAUUCAGUACUUUGCCAUCAUCGCUGCUCUGGGGGAAAAAGUGAAAAAAGGAGGAUCUUUAGAGGACCAGAUCAUUGAAGCUAAUCCGGCCAUGGAGGCGUUCGGCAACGCCAAAACCGUCCGCAAUGACAACUCAUCCCGCUUUGGAAAGUUCAUCAGAAUUCAUUUUGGGCCGACAGGAAGGCUGGCGUCUGCUGACAUCAACAUCUAUCUUCUAGAAAAGUCAAGAGUUGUGUUCCAGCAGCCGACAGAGAGAAGCUACCACAUCUAUUAUCAGAUCCUGUCCAAUAACAAGCCAGAACUACAAGAUAUGCUGUUGGUGAGCACCAACCCAUACGACUACCACUUCUGCUCUCAGGGUGUGACCACAGUGGAAGGCAUGGACGAUGGAGAGGAGCUGAAGCUCACUGAUCACGCCAUGGACACGCUGGGCUUCACUCCAGAAGAGAAGUACGGCUGCUAUAAGAUCGUUGGAGCCAUCAUGCACUUUGGCAACAUGAAGUUCAAGAAGAGGCCGAGAGAGGAGCAGGCCGAGGCCGACGGCACAGAGAGUACGGAUAAAUCAGCGUAUCUGAUGGGCAUCAGCUCUGCCGACCUGCUGAAGGGUCUGCUGAACCCCCGCGUCAAAGUCGGAAACGAGUACAUCGUCAAAGGACAGACGGUAGAACAGGUCAACUCUGCCGUUGCAGCUCUGGCCAAAGCCACAUAUGACCGUAUGUUUAAGUGGUUGGUGAGUCGUAUCAACUCGUCCUUAUACACCGCUCUGCCUCGUCAGUACUUCAUUGGAGUCCUGGACAUCGCCGGCUUCGAGGUCUUUGAGUUCAAUAACUUUGAGCAGCUGUGUAUCAACUUCACCAACGAGAAGCUGCAGCAGUAUUUCAACCACCACAUGUUCAUCCUGGAGCAAGAGGAGUACAAGACUGAGGGGAUCGAGUGGACCUUCAUAGACUUCGGUUUGGAUUUACAGUCCUGCAUAGACCUCAUUGAGAAGCCCAUGGGUAUUCUGUCCAUCAUGGAGGAGGAGUGUAUGUUCCCCAAGGCCACGGACAUGAGCUUUAAAACCAAACUCUACGACAACCAUUUUGGAAAAUCGCCCAACUUCCAGCGGCCACGGCUGGACAAGAAGCGCAAAUAUGAGACGCACUUUGAGUUGGUUCACUAUGCCGGAGUGGUGCCAUACAAUAUCUCAGGAUGGCUGGAUAAGAACAGAGAUCCUCUGAAUGAGACGGUGGUGGCCCUGUUCCAGAAAUCCUCCCACAAACUCAUGGCUGGACUGUUUGAGGACUACAUCAGCUCUGACAUAGCGGGGGAUCCGAAGGCUGAAGGAAAACACAGGAAGAGGAAAGCAGCUUCCUUUCAGACAGUUUCACAGUUACACAAGGAGAAUCUAAAGAAGCUAAUGGCUAACCUCCGCAGCACUCAGCCCCACUUUGUCCGCUGCAUCAUCCCCAAUGACACCAAGAGUCCAGGUGUGAUGGAUGCCUUCCUGGUCCUCCACCAGUUGAGGUGCAACGGAGUCCUUGAGGGGAUCAGGAUCUGCAGGAAGGGUUUCCCAAACCGCAUCCUGUAUGCUGAGUUCAAACAGCGUUAUCGCAUUUUGAACCCUGCUGCAAUUCCAGAGGACUCCUUUGUGGACAGUAGGAAGGCUGUGGAGAAACUGCUGUGCUCUCUGGACAUCGACCACAACCAGUUCAAGUUUGGACACAAUAAGGUGUUUUUUAAGGCGGGGCUGUUGGGUCAGUUGGAGGACAUGAGGGACGUCCGUCUGGCGGAGAUCCUCACCAUCGUUCAGGCCAUGGCCAGAGGGAAGCUGAUGAGGAUGCAACGGGAAAAGAUGGCGCUUCAAAGGGACGCUGUGAUGGUGAUCCAGUUCAACCUCAGAUCGUUCUUCACCGUGAGGACGUGGCCCUGGAUGAUGCUGUUCUAUAAGAUCCGCCCCAUGCUCAGGAGCGCACAGGUGGAGAAAGAACUGGCUGCUCUGAAAGAAGAGUUCAAGAAGUUAAAAGAGGCCUUCGACAGGUCAGAGGGGAAGCGUUGGGAGGCCGAGGAGCGGCAGGUGGUUUUGGUUCUGGAGAAAAGCGACUUGGCUCUGCAGCUCCAAGCUGAGCAGGACAACCUGCAGGAUGCAGAGGACCGCUGCAACCACCUGAUUCAGUCCAAAAUCUCUAUGGAGUCGAAGCUGAAGGAGACGCAGGAACGUCUGGAGGACGAGGAGGAGCUGACGGCCACGCUGACAUCCAAGAAACGUCAGCUGGAGGAGGAGGUGGUGUCACUGAAGAAAGACGUGGACGACCUGGAGAUGACUCUGGCUAAAGUGGAGAAGGAGAGACAUGGAGUCGAGAACAGGGUGAAGAACCUGUCCCAUGAGAUGUGUGUUCUGGAUGAAUCCAUAGUGUCUCUGACCAGAGAGAAAGCCGCCCUGCAGGAAGCUCACCAGCAGGCUCUGACUGACCUUCAGGCUCAGGAGGACAAGGUCAACAUGCUGGUCAAGGUGAAGGCGCGGCUGGAGCAGCAAGUGGACAAUGUGGAAAGUUCCUUGGAGCUGGAGAAGAAGGUGCGUUUGGAUCUGGAACGAACCAAACGGAAGCUGGAGGGGGAUCUGAAGCUGUCCAUGGACUCAGUGAAGGACCUGGAGAACCAGAAGGAUGAGCUGGAGGAGAGACUGAAAAAAAAAGACUUCGAGUCGGGUCAGCUUCAAUCCAAACUGGAGGACGAGCAGAGUGUGCUUACUAGUCUUCAGAAGAAGAUCAAAGAGCUUCAGACGCGUAUCGAGGAGCUGGAGGAGGCGCUGGAUGCGGAGCGAGCGUGGCGCUCCAAAGCCGAACGUCAGAGGAACGACAUCACCAGAGAGCUGGAGGACCUCGGGGAGAAACUGGAGGAGGCAGGAGGAGCGUCUGCUGCUCAGAUCGCUCUGAACAGGAAGAGGGAGGUGGACUUCCUGAAGAUGCGGCGGGAGCUGGAGGAGGCGGGGCUUCACCACGAGGCCACGGCCGCCACUCUUAGGAAGAAGCACUCGGACACGGUGACGGAGCUCAGCGAGCAGAUCGAUGCUCUGCAGCGAGCAAAACAGAAACUGGAGAAGGAGAAGGUCGAGUUCAGGCUGGAGGCCGACGACCUCGCCGGUAACGUGGAGCAGCUGUCCAGGAACAAGGGCGCGGUGGAGAAGAUGUGCAGGGUUUAUGAGGACCAGCUGAAUGAAAGCCGGAGCAGAGCAGAGGAGCUGCAGAGACAGCUGACCGACGUUUCUGCUCAGAAAGCACGAGCGCUCACAGAAACUGCUGAGUUCACCCGUCGUCUGGAGGAGCGGGAGGCUAUGAUUGGUCAGCUCCAGCGCUCCAAAGCCGGCGUUUUCCAGAACUCUGAAGACCUGAAGAGGCAACUGGAGGAGGAGAGCAAAGCUCGAGUAGCUCUGGCUCACGCGGUGCAGUCGUCCCGUCACGACAGCAGUCUGCUCAGAGAGCAGCUGGAGGAGGAGCUGGAGUCCAAAGCCGAGCUGCAGAGGGAGCUCUCCAAAGCCAACGGACAGGUGGUUCAGUGGAGGGCCAAGUACGAGACCGACGCCGUGAUGAGGAUAGAGGAGCUGGAGGACGCAAAGAAAAAGUUGGUGGUCAAACUGCAGACAGUAGAGGAAGCUGUGGAGACGUCUCAGGCCAAAUGUUCCUCACUGGAGAAAACCAAACUGUGUCUGCAGACAGAGAUUGAAGAUCUGUUGGUUGAACUGGAACGAACCAACGCUGCUGCUCUGGCUCUGGACAAGAGGCAACGCAACUUCGACAAGUUGUUAAGCGACUGGAAGCUGAAGUUUGAGGAGAGUCAGACGGACCUGGAGGCGUCACAGAGGGAGUCCCGCAGUCUGAGCACCGAGCUCUUCAAACUGAAGAACUGCUAUGAAGAAGCUCUGGACCAUCUGGAGACAGUAAAACGAGAAAACAAGAACCUGCAAGAGGAGAUACUGGACCUGACGGAUCAGAUCGGUCAGGGAGGGAAGACCAUCUAUGAGCUGGAGAGGAUGAAGAAGAUCCUGGAUGUGGAGAAGAGUGAUAUCAGAGUAGCUCUGGAGGAAGCAGAGGGAACUCUUGAGCACGAGGAGAGUAAGACCUUGAGAUUUCAGAUGGAGCUGCAGCAGAUAAGGACCGAGAUCGAGCGCAAGAUUGCAGAGAAAGACGAAGAGAUCGACAACCUCAGGCGGGGCCACCAGCGCUCCCUGGACACCGUGCAGGCCAGUUUGGAGGCGGAGGUUCGUAGUCGCAGUGAGGCGGUGCGCCUGAAGAAGAAGAUGGAGUCCGACCUGAACGAGAUGGAGGUUCAGCUGGGAUACGCCAACAGACAGGCAGCCGAUAGCCAGAAGGCCAUCAGACACCUACAGACACAGGUCAAAGAGCAACAGCUGGAUCUGGAGGACAAAGUCCAGCUGACCAAUCAGCUCAAAGAGCAGAUGGUCCUGUUGGACCGCCGUUGUUCUCUGAUGAUGGCUGAGGAGGAGGAGCUACGAGAGAUUCUGGAACAAACCGACCGCGGACGCAAGAUGGCCGAACACGAGCUGCUGGAGGUCACGGAGAGACUGAACAUGCUGUCCACACAGAACUCAGCUGUGAUGAACCAGAAGAAGAAGCUGGAGGCCGACGUGUCUCUGCUGACGGGAGAGGUGGACGAGGCCAUGCAGGAGAGUCGCAGCGCUGAGGAGAAGGCCAAGAAGGCCAUCACUGAUGCGGCUCUGAUGGCGGAGGAGCUGAAGAAGGAGCAGGACAGCAGCAGCAUGAUGGAGAGAAUGAAGAAGAACAUGGUGUCCACGGUGAAAGAGCUGCAGGUCAAACUGGAGGAGACGGAGCAGAUGGCGCUGAAGGGAGGAAAGAAACAGAUCAAUAAGCUGGAGACCAGAGUGAGGGAGCUGCAGACGGAGCUGGUGAUGGAGCAGAAGAGGAGUGACGAGUAUCUGAAAGGAGUCCGUCGCUACGAGAAGAGAGUGAAGGAGCUGACGUACCAGUCAGAGGAGGACAGGAAGACCCUGCUGAGGAUGCAGGAGCUCGUCGAUAAGCUUCAGACCAAAGUCAAGAGCUACAAGAGACAAGCAGAGAACGCUGAGGAGCAGGUGAGCUGCAGCACGGUGCGUUUCAGGAAAGUCCAACACGAGCUGGACGACGCCGAGGAGAGGGCCGACGUCGCCGAGACGUCCGUCAACAAGCUGCGGAUUCGAACCCGCGAUGUAGGAGAAUCUGAUAGAGGAUGUUUAACGCUGACACACAUCUCAUGUCUGAUUAUUCAAAUGUAA